AUGGCUCGAAACGCAGCGCAGGCCAAAACUCUAGAAAAAGAGUAUAGCAAUUACAGGGCCUUAGAAUCCAAAGGGCUCAAAUCAGCUAUAGUACAAACACAUGGGCUUUUUGGAGCUGAAGGCCUUCCAGGCCAUAAGUUUUUACUAUUGGAGAAUGGGGGGAAGACAGCAACACAAAUGACGAAGGCAAACCUCAAGCGACACAGAAAAGCAUAUAUGAGCGUUCUAAAACGUUUCCAUAAUGCAGAAGUCCUGAUUGGGAAUGUCGAAGAUGGUCAUAUACUCAUGGAUGAUUGUAAUCGAGUGACUGUGAUCAGUCUCUCCAACAUUUCUACUGAUGCACCUACAAAAGAGGAAAAGAGAGAAGAAAAAAUCUCAUUUAAGAGAGCCAUAAGCUAUAGCAAAGAACCAGAAUCUGAUUCACAGUCUAGUGAUGUCGUAGAUUUAGUAGAAUCAUAA